AUAUAAAUACGUAGAUUCUCCAUCAGAAAUGGGUAGAAAGAAGAAGAAGGUCGAUAAACCAUGGUGCUGGUAUUGUAACCGAGAAUUUGACGAUGAAAAGAUUCUGAUACAACAUCAAAAAGCCAAACAUUUCAAAUGUCAUAUUUGUCACAAAAAAUUGUUCAGUGGUCCAGGAUUAUCGAUUCACUGCAUGCAGGUACAUAAAGAAACUAUAGACAAAAUACCGGCAGCUGUACAUGGCAGAGAUAAUAUCCACGUUGAAAUUUACGGAAUGCAAGGAAUUCCGUCUGGCGCUUAUCGUGGAGCAGCUGACGAAGAACCGGACGAAAAACGAUCAAGGAUGGACAAUGGACCACCUAUGCCAACUCCUAUGCCUUUCCCACAGCAUUUCCCAUUUCCUGGAAUGCCUCCUAUGCCGUCGGGUCCACCACCACCGUCAAUGGCAUACGGAAUGCCUCCAAUGCCAUCUGGUAUGAUGCCACCUCGCGGGAUGCCAGGAGCUUAUCCUCCGCCACGUGGAUACCCUCCAGCGCCAGCUCCUGGCGUGUAUAUGCCUCCGCCAGGAAUGCCUGGUGCAUAUCCUCCACCACGUAUGCCAAUAGGUCAUGGACCACCUGGUGGCCCACCCAUGCCUGGUCCUCCUCAAAGAAGCCGAUUUGAUCAACCUGACGGCGGAGACAGGUGGGGUCCACCAAUGCGAGGAGUACCACGGACGCCACCAUAUGAAAACGAGCAUGAACAUCAAGAUUAUCAAGCUCCAGAUGACUACAAUCAAGGAGGAUACGAUGAUCGGUUUAGAGAAGGUGAUCGUGGAGGUCCACCGGGAGGUAGCCGAUUUGAUCAAGUGAAAGCUGAACUAAAGGAGGAAAUCGUCGAGGUAUAUUCCUUGAUUUCAAAUAAUGGGAUUUCGAUCGAGCUUUAUUGAUAUUUCAUAAAAUAAAGUUAAAUAAAACUUGUUUUUAAUUUUAAUAUUUUAAGCCUAACAACGGUCCACCAACUACGUCUUCUGGUGCAGCUGCCGCUUCUGCUGCGGCAGUAGUUGCAUCUAAACUUGGCUCGAGGACAAGAAUAGUCUAUCCAGAUGAUCAUUCGCUGUCUCUAGAGGAGCGUCGUGUAAAAAUGCUCUUCGAAAAACGCAGCAAUCCCUAUCACUGAGCACUUCCGAAUCUCUUCUUCUUUCAUGUCCCGCCCAUUUACCUUAUAUUCUGUGUUUUACUGAAAAUUGUCCUCUCGUCCAUGUUAAAUUAUUGAAUAAUCCAUCGAUGGGUUUUUAUUUUUGAAAUUCCAAAAAAAAAAAGCAAUUUUUAUCAAUUGAAUAAAUUAUCACCCACA